AUGGAGGAAAUCCCCAUCCUCAUUGAGAAUGCAGACCCCAAGAUUCAGGAGGAUGACUCUGCCAUGGAACCUAUGCACAGGUUCGGCGAAAAGGAAGAGCCAUAUGGAGAUCUCUCAAUCCUAGCCCAAGACCUGAUGACGCCGAUAGCGAUUAUAGGGAUGGGAUUUCGAGGACCUGCCGAUGCCGUCACUGUUGACAGACUAUGGGAUAUCAUGAUGGAGCAGCGAGAGGGCUGGUCGCCCAUUCCGGCAAAGAGGUGGAAUAACGCAGCAUUCUAUCACCCAGAUCACGCACACCAUGGCACAAUAAAUGUGCAAGGCGGUCACUUCCUCGAAGAAGACAUCUCCCUGUUCGACGCACCCUUCUUCAACAUGUCCAGCGAUGAGGCAGCCGCAAUGGACCCCCAGCAAAGACUCCUGCUGGAGGUGACAUACGAAGGACUUGAAAGUGCCGGAAUCUCUUUGAACCACAUCGCGGGAAGCCGGACUUCAUGCUUCGUCGGCUCAUUUUGUGCCGACUAUACCGAUAUCCUUCUCCGCGAUCCAGAAUGUGUCCCGAUGUACCAGUGCACGAAUGCCGGGCAGUCCCGCGCAAUGACCGCAAACCGGAUCUCAUACUUCUACGACUUGAAAGGACCCAGCGUUACCGUGGAUACGGCCUGCUCUGGGAGCCUGGUCGCAUUACAUCUUGCGUGUCAGAGUCUACAUACCGGGGACGCGACGAUGGCUAUUGCGGCGGGAGUCAAUGUCAUUCUCAGUCAUGAGUUUAUGUCCACGAUGAGCAUGAUGAGAUUCCUUUCCCCAGAUGGCCGCUGCCAUACCUUUGAUGAAAAGGCAAAUGGCUACGCACGAGGUGAGGCUGUUGGAUGCGUGAUCCUGAAGCCUUUAGACCAAGCCCUGCGGGAUCGAGAUACCAUUCGAGCCGUCAUCCGAGGAACGGGAUCUAACCAAGAUGGCCGAACUCCCGGAAUCACACUUCCAAGUGCCACCGCCCAAGAAGCACUGAUCCGAGAUUUAUAUACCAGAGCCGGACUAAAUCCGAGCGAGACGGACGUGGUCGAAGCACAUGGUACAGGGACGCAGGCUGGCGACCCGGUCGAAACGGGUGCAAUAGCUCGCGUAUUUGGACCCGGGCGAGCUCAGGGUCGCCCUGUUUGUAUAGGGUCUAUCAAAACCAAUGUUGGACAUCUCGAGGGGGCCAGUGGGAUCGCUGGUGUGAUUAAGGCGGUUCUGAUGUUGGAGAAUCGUACGAUCCUGCCUAGUCGGAACUUUGAGACGCUGAAUCCGCGUAUACCGUUGGAAGAAUGGAAAUUGAAGAUUCCUCUGACACCGGAAGUAUGGGAUUCAGCUGGUCCCCGUCGUGUCUCAGUCAAUAGUUUCGGGUAUGGUGGGAGCAAUGCUCAUGUAAUUUUGGAAGAUGCAUCAGGCUAUAUUUCCAGUCGUGGCUUGUGUCAGUGGUUUAAAAAACCGUCGAAAGCAAUGAGGAGAAAGGAAAGAGACAAUGAAGGCUGUUCAGACGCACAUCCUGAAAGGCAGCGAAUAUUAUUAGUCUCAGGAUUUGACGAGAGGUCUUGCGUCGAACAUACAAGGGCGAUUUGCGACUUCCUCUUGGAAUACGAAGACACGGUUAACGAAACAUUGCUCGACGACCUCGUAUUUACCCUGAGCGAGGGUAGAUCUCGAUUCAUGUGGAAGACGGCAGUCAUCGGAAGCUCAAUUCACGAAAUGGUCAGGUCACUCUCCGCUGGGACAAAACCCCACAACUCAUUACGGAGACCGACCCUAGCUUUCAUUUUUACUGGACAAGGCGCUCAGUGGGCUGGGAUGGGAAAAGAACUGCUAGAGGCUUAUCCCGUUUUCUGUGAUUCUAUUUCUCGGAUAGACAGCUUUUUGGUGGAGGCGGGGGCAUCGUUCACUGUUCAUGAUGAAAUUUCCCAGGGCCCCGGAAAUUCUCAACUGUCUCACCCGCUUCUAAGCCAGACAGUGUGCACGGCACUUCAGAUCGCGCUCGUGGAUCUAUUGGCAUCUUGGAACAUAUACCCCGACUCAGUGGCAGGCCAUUCCAGCGGGGAAAUUGCUGCUGCAUAUGCAUGCGGUGCGUUGAGCAUGGAAGAUGCCAUGAGGGUUGCAUUCAGCCGAGGUUUAGCUGCCAGCCAAGUCCUGACCUCGAGCGAUAUCGAAGGUGCUAUGAUGGCGGUUGGGAUGUCAUGCGAUGAAAUCCGGCCUUUCUUGUUGAAAAUUGAAUCUGGAAAUGCUGAUAUCGCCUGCAUUAAUAGCCCUUCAAGCGUGACAAUUUCUGGUGAUGCCAGCGCUAUCGACGAGCUGGCACAGGUACUGGAAUGCAGGUCCAUUUUCUUCCGUCGCCUUGCUGUCAAUGUCGCCUAUCACUCGCAUCAUAUGAAAUGCGUUGCCGACGAAUAUCUCAGCGCAAUCUCUACUAUAAAACCCCGGGGCCCGCAAAUGAGAGAUGGAUAUGCACAGAAAUCGUUUGAUGUACAGUUUUUCUCCUCGGUUACCGGAGACGAGAUCCAACCAGAGGAGCUUGGCCCUCAAUAUUGGGUCUCCAACCUACUUGGCCAAGUCAAAUUCUCCGAGUCAGUUAAAUCACUUUGUUUCAAAACAAAUGUCUGGCACCAAGAGCCGAAGUUGAAGAGAAGAUCUAAGCGACUCGGAAGUUCGCAAAAAGCGAGCGUGGACUGUCUCCUCGAGGUCGGCCCACAUUCCGCCCUUUCUGGUCCUAUCAAACAGACGCUUCAAGCAAAUGUCAAACUUCAUACCGUCGACAUCACAUAUAUUAGCGUUCUUGUUCGCAAGAAAAAUGCAGUCAAGUCAGCGCUCCUGGCCGCAUCUACACUGGCGUCCAUCAGCUACCCAGUCAGUCUGGACGCCAUUAACUUCCCAAAGGGCGCGAAGCAUGGAAGAGUACCACAGCUUCUUGUCAAUCUGCCGUCAUACCGCUGGAAUCAUACUCGGUCCUACUGGGCUGAGCCACGAUUGAGCAAAACAUUCCGGUGUCGUGAAAAUUCCAGGACAGAAUUGCUAGGGGCGUCAGAUAGCAUGGCAUGUCCUUUUGAGCCGCGAUGGCGAAAUUUCAUCAGAGUCUCCGAGGUACCGUGGUUGGUGGACCACAAGAUUCAAUCGGAUAUUGUUUUUCCUGCCGCGGCGUAUCUGUGCAUGGCUGUUGAGGCUGUCGUCCAAAUAACAAGAAGUGCGCAGAUCACCGGAAUCGUCUUGAGAAACGUUUCAAUUAACUCCGCACUUAUCGUCACCGAAGAUUCAGGGAUCGAAAUGAUGACUUCACUUCAAAUACUGAAAGCUCGCUCAACACACGGCUCAGAAACAUGGUACAAAUUCCACAUCUAUUCAGUCUCAAAAGAUAAUAGAUGGACCGAACACUGCACAGGAGAUGUGGGAAUCGAAUCACAAAACAGCGAUGCCGAGAAUGUCACAAUUCGCUACAUGGAUAAACUUGAAUUUCUACCUCCGGGCUCCGAAGCACAAACUAUUCAAGCAAUCGACAUUGACAACCUCUACCAGCGACUGAAAAAUGUGGGAUUAGAAUAUGGGCCUUGCUUUACCAAUUUAGCACGUGCCCAGUCAACAGCAACCGGAGAAUGCUUUGCUGAGAUUUCAAUACCGGAUACCGCGUCAAUGAUGCCAAUGAAAUUUCAACACCCACAUCUCAUUCACCCCUGUACGCUGGACAGCAUCUUCCAUACAGCCUUUGUCGCCUUGCCGGAUGGAAUGAUAGUGGAGAAGGGACCUAUCAUUCCUGUCUCGCUCGAGUACAUGCGUCUAUCCCAUCAGAUGACUUCUUCACCCGGAGACAUACUGAGCGUCUGUACCGAGAUUUGGCCGACGUCAAACGGAGACGUCGUGGCGUCAAUAGCCGUGGCGGAAGAUGACGCACGAUACUGCAGUCUGAAUCCGAAGAUAUCGAUCAACGGUCUGAGGUGUACUCGGCUUGCGGUUACGCCCGGCAUGUCUGAUAGACAGAGCGAUGUCCCCAUUGCAUAUGGGAUUGAGUGGCAGGCUGAUCCUACUUUUCUUUCUGUGGAAGAUUCGGUUCAUUUAUUCGAGCUGUCCGAGAAGACGCAACACGAGACUUUGGAUAAUAUAUCCACAUUGAAUAGUCAAUAUGACCAGUGUGCCGCGGCCCUGGUACAGAGUGCGGUCCAGGCUUUCAAGGAAGAGCACUAUCAGAGGCCCGGUUUGAUCUAUGACAAAUACGGAUCUGCCCUCGAAGAAAUGAUCCAAUCUUGUGGAGCCCAGCACCACGAGACGACAGAGCCAGCGGUUGAUAUUAGCGCGGAUUCUCAACAGAUGGGAAGAUUGUUAAGCGCUAUCGAUGGAUACCUUUCUUCAAUAACACAAAUUGAAGAGGAGGCAUUUGCGCAAGUUCACGAUGAGCUUUGCAGCGCCUAUCACGAAGUUAUUUCCAGUCACCCGACUUAUGUUUCUGCAGCCCAGCAUCUCAAACUUAUUGCGCGCAAGAAGCCAGAUAUUUCCAUUUUGCAAGUCGGUGGUGCAUUUGGACGACCUUUGACUAUUUUCCUCGAGUCCCUGGUGACAGAAGUCAGAAGCAAUAAGACUGCGGUACCAUCCUUUUCGAAAUACACAAUUGCACACAAAGAUGAGGGCGAACUCGAGCAGAUCAGGACUAAUUUUGAGGGAUGGGCGGAGUGGGUUGAUUUCGUGAAUAUUGACCCGGCACGAAGCAGUCCAGAAAUUUUCGAAUCAGGGCUCAAACAUUCCUAUCAUGUGGUUAUUGUACCACAUGGACUAUUCUCGUUUCCUUCGAAUACCCGAGGACUCUCCUUUCUGCGCUCGAUAUUGAGACCAGGUGGCUACUUGAUAAUCAUCGACAGUCUACGUCCGAAGGAAAGUAUACUGGAUGCCUUUCUGGCUGCUUCUCUGUAUCUGUGGCCAUCGGGGAACUUUGAGGUACCGAGAUCUUUACAAGAGGAAGGUGGUUUGGAUGAGGCAAUACAAAAAGCUGGCCUCAUGAUAUACAGGAACGAGACAUCCGAAAAGGAUUUCAACCAUCUGACUACAGAAAGAAUGAUUAUAUGUCAGCCACAACACGAAAUGAACCUCACGGAAAAAGAGUUUUUGAUUAUUCAAGAUGAUGAUAUGAACGCUUCAAUGGCUGUGUGUCUGCGAAAACAUAUUUUGGAUGUCUCGUCAAAGGUCGACAUUUCAUCUCUCUACGAUGCGCAGAUAACGAACAAAUUCUGCAUCAUCUUCACCGAUACGCACACCAAAAUACUUUCAAACCCUACCUCCGAGGUAUUUAAUAAGCUGAAGGAGAUAUUUUUAAACAGCAGGGGCAUGUUAUGGAUCAGCCGAGGCGGACUACCCGACCCAACAUUCCCAGAGUAUGGACUUGCAGUCGGCUUUGCAAGGACAGCCAGGUCUGAAUCUGCCGUGAAACCAAUCUUGACGCUCGACCUAGACGCGCAAAAUCCUCUACCAGAGUUCAAAGUAGCUAAAAUCAUCGUGAGAUUGAUUCAAUACUCCCUAUGCCACGUCAACGCAGGAGAUAUGGAUACCGAAUAUGUCGAGAGGAACGGAGUGCUUCUGAUACCCCGAGUCGUUGAACGCGCAGACGUCAAUCGAAGCCUGUUAGAGAUCAACAAAUCCGAAACCCAACGCGAGCAGCUAUUCCGAGAGCCCGAGAGCCCCGUCCGUGUCUCUCGACCGGAUGCAAAGAAUGUUCCCCCACAUUUGGUUGGAGAGCCAGACAUGGGUGGACCUCCUGCAGGACACGUUCGAAUUGAAGUAAUGGCCUUUGCAUUAAGCGAAUGGGAUGUUGACGAAACCACGCAGAACUUCCGAACAGAAAAAACACCAGGUCUAGAAUGCAGCGGCCGAGUGGAAGCUGUCGGCGCCGGAGUUGGCGACCUUGCAGUGGGCGAUCGCGUCGCUUGCCUGGGAAAUGGCACUGCGAGAAGCUACUACCAGGAUAGGGAGUCCGCUUUCCAGAAGAUCGAAGAUGCCAUGACUUACGAGCUAGCGGUCUCUCUUCCUGUCCCGUACACGUCUGCCUACUUUGUGAUCCACUACCUUGCACGAGUCAAACCUAAUGAAACGGUAUUGAUACGACGUGCGGCCAGCUGGAUUGGCGAGGCGCUACUUGACAUCUGUCUUUCCUGGGAGGUCGAUGUUUUAGUCACCGUGACUACUUUGGCAGAAAAAGAGGUUUUGCGGAGCAGAUUUAGCAUCCAGGCGCAUCGAAUCUUUGUCGAGGGUAUGGAUGAUGUUGCCAGGUGCGUCUCAGAUCUCACCAAUAGCAAAAAGUGCCAGGUCGUCAUCACAUCUUCGGAGGAUGGUAGCGAGCGAUAUCGGUCUCUCAGCAACGUCGUCGCUACUUUCGGGCACUUGGUUCGUGUACGAAGUCCGAAUGAGAGCGCCGGCGAAGAUGAUAGCUUGUCUGGAUCUUUGAAAAAUGUCUCAAGAUCUAUUUUCAAUAUUCUCGACUUCCUCAGAGAUCAGAUGGAUUUGGCAAGAUAUAUCUGGUCGAAGGUCGUUCGCUUGUUCCACGAAGGGAGACUUCGUGGCCCAUCGUCAUUGUCGGUCUACGGGGUAACCGACGUUGAAGAGGCCUUUGCAGCUCUCGGGACUGAAAAACAUGUGGUAAUUGCUACCGAUGGAAAUGAGGUGGUCACAGUCUCUCAACCAAAACCACCGACCACACUGUUCCGGUCAGAUGCAUCGUAUCUCCUUAUUGGCGGACUCGGUGGCAUCGGUAGCACAAUCGCCCUCUGGAUGGCAGACCAGGGAGCGAGAAAUUUGGUUCUCGUUAACAGAAGUGGCUUAGCGACGGAAGCUUCUCACUCGCUUGUUCGAGACCUGAGCGAUAAGGGGGUCCGACAAAUGUUUCUGGAUAUACUUUGGGGCGCUCCUCCUGUUCGUGGAAUCGUUCAUGGUGCUAUGAUACUAAAGGAUGUUCAUAUCGAGAAAAUGACUUCAUAUGAUUACUUUGAAGUUCUCCGACCCCGAUACAACGGGACUUGGAAUCUCCACCGCCACGCCCCAGCAGACCUCGACUUCUUCCUCAUGUUAUCAUCAAUCAGCGGAGUAAUCGGAAACGCAACACAGGCCGCAUACGCCGCUGGAUCGGCAUUUAUGGACUCUUUUGCAGCUUACAGAAAUACAUUGGGCCUGCCAGCUAUCUCGUUAGAUCUCGGAACGGUAACGGACGUCGGGUAUCUCGCUGCGAACAAGGAACUUGCGACCAAGAUGGCAAGGCAAGGAUUCCAAGGCACGGAUAAAAAGACGCUGCUGUCUCUCAUCCAAGUUGCCAUCUCACAGCCGACAAAGGUCGGAAACGCACAGAUUAUAACGGGGUUGGGAGAGUGGAAAGAGGGCGAGUCACUUGGGAACUUUGACGCGCCCCUUUUUGCGCAAUUCCGAGUCAGAUUUCGCAGGGAUGGUGAGACUGCUGAUUCCAAAGAUGCGGUUGAAAUACUCCGAGGUUCGUUGCGGGCAUCUAAGUCGCAGGAUGAAGCUAUUCCUGUCAUUUACGAAGCGCUCAGCGGGAAGAUAUCCACUCGGUUGGGAAUUUCUGUGGAGAGAAUCGAUCCUGCUAGUCCGUUGUCUGAAUUUGGUGUUGAUUCGCAUGUCGCUGUUGAGUUGAGAAAUUGGAUUAACAAGACUAUGGAUAGUGCUGUGUCAAUUUUGGAGAUUCUGGCAAGUGAUUCUGUCCUGCAGUUGGUGGGUCAUAUCGCUGGUCGAUCGUCGUUGAUUGAAGGCACAAAUAAUUCGUAA